AUGGGCUCAACACAACCCAGCCUCGAGAGCCUGGGCGCGACCAUAGCCGACCUCACCCACGCUCUCGCCGGUCAGCUCAACGCCGCGGGGCAACCGCAGCCAUCCUUCGCAGUAAAUGCACCAGCCUCCAUGCCCCCAGACCCCAAAAUCCAGGAUUCUCGCAUGAAGCUCCUAGAGACUCUUGAAACCCUGCACCAUCUAGUGACAGGAUCCAGCGACUUCUGGUUCCAACAGAGCAUGUUUCCAAACCACGCCCUCCUCACCUUCGACGUCUUCAACACCUUCCACCUCUGGAACGCAGUGCCCCUCCACGGCUCCGCCAGCUACGCCGACAUCGCCCGCACCACCGACCUCCCCGAACCGAUCGUGCGCCGCUUCCUCCGGCUCGCCUUCACCAUCUUCGUCUUCGCCGAGGAAGGGUCCCCCGGCAACGAGCGGGUCGUGCACACCGCCGCGUCCGCGCACAUGGCGCGCUAUCCCUAUGCGCGGGCCUUCCUCGCGCAUAACCUGGAGGAUGUGCGGCCCGCAGCGACGGUGGGGGUGGAUGCGUUGAAGAAGUGGUUUGUGGGGCGGCAUGGGGCGGAGGUGCCGGAGGAGAUCACGGCAUGCGCGAUCCCGCUGGCGACGGAUCAUGAUGGGCGGCGGCGGGGUACGGAUCUCUGGGAGUUUUUGGAGACGUUUGAGCGGUUGCCGGAGCAGCCGAGGGGGUUUCGCGCGAAGCGGUUUGCGGAGGCGAUGCAGGGAUUGCGCAAGACGAGUGGGGUGAUGACGGAGGGGGUGUUGAGGCGGUUUGAUUGGGGUGGGUUGGGGGAGGGGGCUACUGUUGUGGAUCUUGGAGGGUCGGCAGGACAUAUCAGCGUCAUCCUCGCUGAACACUAUCCCAAGCUCAAUCUGAUCGUCCAGGAUCUCGCCUCGGCCCAGUCGGCCUUCGAGGCGAAUAUCAGUUCCACGCCGUGUGCAUCCCGCAUCACGUUCCAGACACACAAUCUCUUUGAGCCGCAGAGUUGUCCAGCGGAUGUCUUCCUGCUCAAGUCGGUCCUGCAUGACUGGUCCGACAAGUAUGUGCGGCAGAUUGUCCGGAACCUGCUGGGAGUGCUGAAGCCGGGGAAUCAUCUGCUUGUCUUUGAUUUCGUGGUGCCGGCGGAAUAUGACGAUGCCCAGAACAAGCUGGCGAUUCCAUUGCCGGUCAAGAAAUCGGUCGCGGCCAUGGAUCUGCAGAUGCACGUGGCGUGUAACUCGAAAGAACGGACCAUCCAAGACUGGACGGAUGUGAUCAAGCAGGCCGAUGGUCGCUCUGACUUGAGGGAGGUUCAUCUUCCUGCCGGAUCGCCGCUGGGGAUUCUCGACUUUGUGUUUCAGGGAUGA